CACCACCCCACAGCCUGUUCAUACAGUGCUUCUGUUUCAGAUUUUGAGUAAAAAAACAAAAUUCUUUCUCAAUUCUUGAUUUUCUCAAUACCCUUUCAAGAUUUUAUUAUUAUUAUUUUUAGUUUACAAAACAAAAUUCUUGAUUGGUGUGUUCUUGUAACAAAAACUUUAACACAAGAAAAUGAUUGAUUGGCCUAUUAUUGUUAUCCAAGAUCUUGCUUGAAGUUGUUCAAACUAUGAAGAUGAACUACAAUUGCUCUGAUUCUUUGACUCAUUUUCUCUCAUACCCACUUGAAGACUCAGGUGACAUCAAAUCAGAAGAGAACUGCAUUUACAAUGCAGACUUUCAGCCAAUGAUUGACGGUGGCGGCUGUGGCAGUGGCGGCAGAGAUGGAGAAGACUAUGGUGGUGAUGAAACAAUACAACUCGGUGACAAAAAAAGAAGAUUAAGCAAUCAUCAAGUGAAAUCGUUGGAGAAAAUAUUUGAAGUCGAUAACAAACUCGACCCGGAUAGGAAAGUGAAAGUGGCCCGAGAAUUGGGGUUGCAGCCGCGGCAGGUGGCGAUUUGGUUCCAAAAUCGCCGCGCGAGGUGGAAGACGAAACAAUUGGAGAGGGAUUACAAUGUUCUUAAGUCUAAUUAUGAUGUACUUAAGCAUAAUUAUCAUAAGCUUCAACAAGAGAAAGAUACCAUAGCAAAAGAGUUGUUAGAGCUAAAAGCAAAACUUUACAAGGAAACAAAAGAAGACAACAAUGAAGUUGAGUACAAAGAAAAUAAUCUUUUCUUGGGAUCUGAUCCAACCAAUACAACAUUAAACUAUGAAAAAACUCUUAAAUUACUAGAUUUAAAAGAUGGGCUUUCCGAUAGUGACUCAAGUGGGGUUCUAAAUGACGAAAACAUGAACGUUAGCAACGACAAUGGAAGUCUGUCGCUAAAUAUGGCGCGUUUUGGGGUCUCUUCGAUAUGUUCAUCGUCUGCUACAGAGCUUGUAGAUCCAGGAGUGUAUCAGCAAGAAUCAGAUCCUUAUUUAGUCAGUAAUGGUGAAGAUGAAUCAUGCAACAUAUUUUUGGUCGAUCAAGCACCUAGCUUUUGUUGGUACUGACGGGAUCAUAACAAGUAGUCGCUAAAUGUCUUUUAUUGUUGUUUAAUAAAUUGAAUUAUUAUGUAAUAUUUUGGAAGUAUAUUAAAAUAGUUGAAAAUUUUUAUUCCCUAAAAGUAAAAA